AUGAGCUUUACUUAAGAAAACAAAUCCUUUAGCCGAAAGGUUGCAAUGUCAAAUCAAACAUAUGAAUGUUGUCCCUCAAAUUAACGCGUCUUUGACAAUCGUUUCCAUUUUGGCCACUUAUUUCUGAAGCUUUCUCAGAUCUUAGAUGUUAGUGCGUUGUGGUGGAGGCAUCAAACAUAAACUUUCCCUAAUCUAUUUGUGGUCUUGCAACUAUCAGUAUGGACAAGGGUUAUUCUUGGCGCAAAUGUAGUAUGCGGGCCGUAGAUGCUCCCAUACUUGAUUAUAAGAUUAAGCAACAGAUUAUGGAUGCACUACGAGUGAGAGACCAAGGAGAAUAUAUAAUCGGAUUAUGCGGGUCAGAUAAAAGAGCCGAGGAUUCUGUAAAAAGAAUUAUAAGAAGAGUUGAGAGAGAUGGAUUGUUCACAAAGAUUGUCACAGCAACUGUGACUAAAAAACCAGACAUUACAAAUAUCCAAAUGCAAAUUGGUGAUGCAAUAGGACUCAGUUUUGACGAUACGACGGAUCUAGCUGAAUCAACUUGUUGCAUGUGUUUUGGUUAUAGUAAAAGAAUGAGAACUGCAGAAAGAGCUAAUCUUCUGUGUGCUAAGAUGAAGGAGCUGCAAACAGUCCUAGUGGUACUGUAUGAUCUUCACGGCAAACUUGAUUUAGGCGAGAUCGGUAUCCCCUUUGGUGAAGAUCAUAAUGGUUGCAAGAUAUUGCUGUCAUCUACAAAUUUGGAGGUUUUAUCCAAAGAAAUGAAGGUUCAUAAAUUGAUACAAUUAUCACAGACAUGACACGAUGAUUUUCCACCGAAGCAGAGUUGAUGAAAAUUUGAAGUACAGAGAUGCACAUCAUUUGGAACACACCAUGGUUGAGUUGGGAGAUUGUUGACAAAUGCUUUAUGUUUUUUUUUGUCAUAUGCUUGUGUUUGUAAGUUCUGUUAGUAUGAACUGUCUUGAUAGUACUAUCACCAUAUUAUUAUUGGCAGUGGACCAUAUGAUAAAGUGGAAGUCGAGAUUGUCUUAUAUACUGUAAGACAUAAGUGAGGGAAUAGAUACGAAUGUGAGUCAGAGUAUUCUCAUCAAUGUUUUGAUGAAAAUGGUUAUUUUUCUUACUUUAAGAUUAUAGACUCAUUGUGCUAUGGGAGAAACAUUCCCUGAAGUUUUAAGACACGAGGUAAGCAUUUAUAUCCCAUCA